AUGGGAGAGACAUUAUCCGUGGAGCAGGACAGCAGAUAUGAGGAGGACGAUGAGGAGCUGUAUUUAGGACAGGAUGAGGUACUAGAGGACAGCGAUGAAGACAAGUUGACACAGACAAGUGAGCAAAUCUCAAGCCACAGUGAAACAGCAGAAAGCCAGACUGAUGAGCUGAACAGUCAAUCCGAGGAGAGAGACCUUGUUGACGGGGGGUCUGGAUUUGUGACACUGGAAGAAGAUGAUUCUGAAACAACUGACAAUCCUCAAGAAGAAGAUUUUUCUCAAGCAAGCAAUGACAACAUUAGCAAGCAAUUGAAUAAUGCAGAUGACAUAAUAGCAAAAGAGGUAAAUGAGGCCAACAAUGAAGUCAAUGAAAAUGAACUUGGAUUCAAAAAAAUUUUCAGAUUUGGUGGAUUUAAGUUCACUCUAAAAAAAGACAUGGUUGAGAAGAAUGGUGCAGACAAGCUAAACAGAAACGAGCAGGACAGACAUGCUUCAGGUUCAUCAGAGGACUCUUGGGACACUGUAGAUGUGAAUCCCGUCAGCACAAAUGAACAGGACGCAGAAGAGAUAAAGAAUGAAAGAAUUGCAGCUGGUGCAAGUGCUGAUUCUCAUGAGACACACUAUAAAGUAAAAGUGGGUAAAAUUUCUGAACACAGAGAAGAAGCCUCAGACAGAAGAAUGAUGGAGGAUGUUCCUGAAUUUGAGGAACCCAUGUCCCCACUUAAACGAUUUUUCUCACAGGGAAUGUUGGGUAGUUUGAGAAAGAAGAAAAAAGAGGAUGAGAGACCAAAAGAGAGUGAAGAGAAACUCAAAAGCUUGAACAAACUGGUUGAUAGAGAAACUUUGAAAGAAGACACCACAUGCACAUGCCUUGAAAUCUCUAAUGGAACAUUUGAUAAGGAUAUACAGCUGUAUAAUAAAGAUGAGAGCAAACCUACAGCAGCAGGAGACAUAAUGAACUCCAUAGAACAAGAUAAAGUGCAAGCAAGUCCAUUUAAGAGGCUCUUUAGGAAACUUUCCACUAGGAGAAAGAGUGAAACAACCUUACUUGAGCCUGGAGAAAAUAUCACUGAAAAUCCUCAAUUAUCUACAGAUUUAAUUAUGUCCCAAAAGGAGCAAGAAACAAGUUUGGUCAAAACACAGUCUGUUGAUGAGAUGAUGGACACAAGCCAUGAAGAGUCAAAAAAAAAGUCAGACUCGACCGUUUCCUGGGAAAACCUGAUAUGUGUCAGGUCUGCCAAGACAAGAGCAAGAAAAACAUCUGACUCUGAGGAUGAAACACAUGAUAAAGGAGAGGUGCUUAAACAAACAACUGAAUCACCCUUUGAAAGUUCAACUGACGGUGACCACCUUACAUCAUCCAAUGAACAAAGCGGAAAUCCUGCAGAAGAAGACAGUGGAUCCACGUGGAAGUCUUUUAAAAAGUUGGUAACUCCAAAAAGAAAAAGCAGAAUGGAAGAAAGUAGUUCAGUUGAGCAGAUGCAGUCCGACACUGAGAUAUCUAAAGAUGAGUCUUCAUGUUCCUUACGGAAGCUUAUAUCAGGGCGUAAAAAAAUUAAGCCGGAUGGACAGCAAGAAAACAUGUCAUCUGAUGAAGGCAGUAAAGGUACAGUGACAGACAUUGAAGAUGAUGAAACACCAAGUGUUGUACCACUUUCUGAAUAUGAAAUAGCUAAACCUGAAAUCCUGAACCUGAUGACUGAUGGAACAACUGAAUGUAAAGAAGAAAAAGAGGUGCAACUCAUAGACGAAGAGGACGAACCGAAACAAAUGGAAUGUUUAUAUAAUGUCAGACCUUUAUGCUUUGAUGUUGGGCCAUCGGUUCUACCUAUUCCUACGGAAUAUAUUGAAGAAUUGACAGAAUUCAUAAGCAAACAUCAGCAACUUAGUGACAUUCCAGAGGAAGGAAUCAUUGAAGAAAGUGUUGCAACUCCAUUAUCCUAUGUUGAGUGGAGAACUCAAGAUGACACCUUAGCUGAUGAUAUAGUAGAUAUGACAGCUGAUGCAGUCACGGCUCCCGAACAGGCAUCUGAAAACACUGAGGAUGAAACAACUGAAAUGGUGUCAGCGCUUUCCCAACUAUCAGAGUCCCCCAAAACAUCAGGAAAUGUAACACCAAUAUCACCUAUGAGAGAAUCUGACACAAUCUUUCAGGAAGUUGUGGAGUCCUUCAACCUGGUUCCACAUGUUCUGUCGUUCACUACAAAUAAUGAAGUCCCUGAGGCUCUGGCGGUGUCUGUCUCUCAAUUUAUUGUUGAAUCAUCAACAACAACUGAAACAAAACUACUAAUGACCCAUAAAAAAGAUGAAGCUACAUCCGUCUGCAUUGGCAUUGUUUCUCAGGAAAUUAGAGCUGCUGAAGUUGUUCUUCCAUUGCCCUUAUUUGAAGGAAUAUCAGAAACCACUUGUGCUGUGCCGACAGAAUUUGCCUCUGCGGAUUUAGCAAACGAAUCUGAAGCAGCGGGAGUAGCACUUGACAAUGUCUAUGAAGCUAAAAUCAAAGAAAUCAAAUCUAUGCUACAUGAAGUGCUUUUGCUUGAUGAACAAAGCACAAUUCUUGCUGAAACUGCAAGAAAAUCGAAGCAACAUUGUAUCAUGGUUAAAAACAUUCAGGAAGAAGCUUCUCCUGUGGUACAGAUGGAAGCUGUGGAUUCAAAAGAAUUGUUAAAUGGAAUGCGUGAAUUAACACCAGUUCAUGCUGCAGUGCAUGGUGAAACUGAAUAUGAGGAGCAGAAUAUUACACUGGAUUUAGGUCUAUUCCAACCAGUUUUAGAAGAACCUGUACCUGUAUAUGAACAGCUCAUAGAACACACUAAAAAAGCUUUUGAAGUACAAUACAGACUUCCAGAUGUUGAAUCAUCAGCUGAUGAUGUUGAGCAGUGCAGUCUAGUUUCAGUACCUGGCCCUGUAGCAGUCAGCGUUGUAAAAUCAGUACUUGACAGCUCCUUAAAUGAAGUUUCAAAAAUUACAGAGGCUGGAGUUUUUGCAUCAAAUGUGAGAUGUUCAGAGACUACAGCAGCAAUUAACAAUGCUAACCCUAUAUCAGAUUCUUUAAAGACUGAAAUGGAUUUGGAAUAUGACAUUCAAAUGAAAAAUGACCCUUCACAGCUUUCCGUAGAUAGUCCUAUUAUCCGAGUUAAAGUGAGCAAUACUGAAUCACAAACAGCAAAGGAAAAUGCUGUGGUAUCACUUCCCCUUGGCACCCAAUUAGAUACAUCUGAAGUUUUUAAAAAUAUAGAGAUGGAUGGAGAAGAAGAAAAAGCAGAACAAAAGUUUAAACAUACAGCUGCAGAAACAAUUGAGGAAGUUGUUAAUGAAAAGAUUGUUUGCACAUUCAAAGUACAAAACUUUUCAGAAAUUUUAGAUGAACGAGCAAAAAAAAGAGAAUGUAAAGAAAGUGAAUUGAGUGCAUUUGUCAGAGAAAGAACUUUACCUCUUGCAACUACUAAUGAUCAAAAUGCGAAUAAAGAGCCACAAGAUAUGCCCAAGGUUAUGCUGUGGCUAGAAACUGACACACCGCAUGUAGACGACUGCAAGAGAAAACAAACUGCAGGUAAUGAAAUAUGCAUGCUCACACUUAAUAUAACUGAAACAGGAGAGGCGACCAAGGAGCCACCUGCCACCUCUCAGCAAGUAGCAGAGAAUGGAAUCCAACCACCAACAUCUGACAAUUCAAAGCAAGUUUCACAAGCAACAUUUUCCAAAGUGAUUGAAGAUACACAAACUACAGCUGUAUCUCCAGAGUCUAUGAAAGAAAAAUCAGCAAAAAUAGAGGCAGUUAUUAGACCAUGUGUGAAUAAUAAAUCUGCCAAACUUUUAGCGGAUGAGCAAGAAUAUUAUUAUGAAACAGCAAGCCCUGAAGUUAACUCAGGUGAGCCACAAAAAGUAAUUUCACCAUCAAAAUCAGAAAAGAUUCAAACUACUAAGUCAAAAUUUACAUUUGAAGAAGAAACAGGAGAGGAGUUAUAUAAACCUGACCAACCAAUACCAAAUCUACAGUGCCUUAAUAGCAUGGACAGAGUAGGGUCAUUGGAAGAGGUUAAAAUACAGUGUGUGGAUGAUCAAUCUGUACUUAACACCAAAAAGCAACUACUAUCCUUGCAACCAGGACAGCGUCAACCAUCUGAAUUAUGUUUUCAACCUUAUGAGGAAAGUAGCCAAAUAACUGCUGAAAUUACUGCAGAAUUUUUAUCAGAUGUAUAUAAAGAAAUAACAGAAGUGGAAUGUAAAAUAUCUGACCAAACAGUAGAAGCAAGACAGUGCUUAAAGGGUGUCAGGGGAGUACCAGUUAUUACAACAGGGUAUGUAACUGAAAUACUUUUUAAAGAUAAAGCUGAAGACACAGAAAGUUUUGCCGCAUCCAAAUCUGAAGGGUCUGCAAAUGUAAUGGAUGUAAUAGAAGCUAAUAGUUACAAAGUAUCCGUUGAUGUUCAAAGUGAACAUAAGGCUGCGAUGACUGUGGGCUCUGAACAGAACCAUGUCUCUCCAGAUGUGUCUGAACAAGACAUAGUAUCAGAAAUAGACAUAGCAAAUAUACCUGUAGCAGGUGCUGAAACCCAAGAAGGAAAAAACCAUAACCAUCUCCAUAAAGAUCAAACAGUAGUCAUAGAAUCACCAAUUGUGCCUGAAAAUAAAACUGAGAUCUUGAAAAAAAUGAUAAAUGGAUUCAAAGGAGAGACACUUGAGGUGAGUGAAUCAAAGGCAGAUAUAUCAGAAGUUGAGGCAAAAACAUCUGUAGUGGGCUCACUGGUAACAAAGCUUGAAGAAGAAAAACCAUUGACAGGAAAAUCUGUUACUUUAGAAGCCCUUGCUUUGACAUCGGUAACGAACACAUUUCAGUCAGAUUUAACAGUUAACGAACCAGAUGGUUCUACAGGCAUCACAAUACGAGAAACUCCUAUUGGAGUCUCAGGAAUACAGACAGCAACAAUAUUAUCUUUAGCACAAACAGCAGCACUUUCAAACAUCAAGAGACCUGUUAUAGCUGAGGUGACAGAACCAAAAUUAGAAAUGCUUAUGGCAAAGAAGGCAAAAUCAUACACAUCAGCAGUCCCUGCAGUUAAAGUACAAACAACUGAGACUUCGGCCUCUGAAACAGAAACAUCAGUAGAAACAUAUGUGGAAAAGAAGGUUGAAGCACGAGGCUCUGUUGUGACAUCAAUACAAGAAGACACUAAUAUGGGCUUCUCAGUUUUGACCACCAUGGACAGUAAAACAAAGCUAGAAACAGUGAUCCCUGUGGGACAAACGAUAAUAGACGUCCCAGCAAUUCAAAAGCCAACAUUACCAAUGGCCCCAGAGGUUCAAACACAAGUAAUAGUUCAAGCAGAGGUCCAAAGACCAACAGUUAUCCCCAUGGUGGAAAUAAUGGCAGUUAACAGCACAGGAGAAGAUGAGGAAAUCCCAUUUACUGGUCCAGAGGUUAAGGAAAGACACUGUGAUGCACAAACUGCAGUUAAGUCUGAAUUGAAACAACCAGCAAUGACUGAGAUUGAAUUAAAAGUAACAAACAUGAUUGAACAUGUAAGACAGGAUGUAGAAAAGACAACAAAUCUCAAAGAAGACACUAAAAGCCCUGAAGAAAAGAGUGGAAGAUUAAAAGAGUUUUCUGUUGAAUCCCGACCAGGACCUGAUGAUGUAUGGGAGGAUGCUCUUGAUGAUUUUAUUGAUGAUCAGUGUUCCAGGACUGAAGCAAGUGGUAGUGCACAAGAUACAUCCAUGUGUCAUGGAGACAAGUGAAUCUCGUUUGAAUGAAUGCUAUUAAAGGAGGAAGAGUCUUCCAACAGUCUUUGGAAACAUCCAAGGGCCAUCAAAGGGUUGUGUCCCCUCAAUGAAUACAGUACCUGACUAAGCUAAAAUUGAAUGAAAUGUUAUUGUACAUGUAUGUAAGCAAUAAUGUAGCAGAAGAAAGACCAAACAGGUUGAAUUUAAUUUAGCAAAGCCAUAAUACAACUUAUUAUUUCUUUAUAUAAUAUUUUGUCAAUACUUUUUAAGUUGUGCCUUUAACUACUCGAUAUACAGUAAAACACUCUUAAUUUAUCAGGUAGAUCAAGUCUAGAGACCGCAGUGUGAAAGCACCCCAAGUUGAAAAUGUAGAUGUCAUUGUGUGAGCAUCAUAAAUACAUGGAAUAGCUACCGCGUACAUUGCUUUACAAUCAUAUACAUCAAAACCACACUAAAGUAAAUAUAAUCCUGUCACCAAAGCAAUAUUUUCAA